AUGAUUCGGGAAAAGGCCACAAGCGUUUCAAACAUGUUCAAUCACACAGUUGAUAUCAAACGACCCGAGCAGAAAUGGACUCCUCUUCAUCUGUUGCCGGCCGCGGGAAAAUCCGAUCAUCCCGAGCUGAUGCAGCACCUGGCGCGAUUGAAGCAAGAGAUCGCAGACCUUCGCGACUACAGCGAACGAGUAACAAAGGAACUGCGUGCUUUGCAAUUACAGCAGGACUCUGUUCUCCCCCGAACGGCUGAUGGACGCUCCAUCGACAUCAAAAAGACACCGGAAGUCUCCCAUAAUGAAGAUGGAUCUGCUGUACGAGGGGUAGAAUGCUUCACUGAACUGCCAUUACCCGCUUGGACCCUGGAUAUGAAGCUUAUGUGUCCUCUCAUAUCCGCUUACGAUACACGAUUGAAGGAUCAGCAGGCUCUCUUAGACAGGCGGGAAACAGAUGUCAAAACUCUGGCUGAAAAUGUCCUGACACUGACAAAAGAAAACGAGGCGUUGAGAAACGACGUUCGAAGCAAAGCUUCUCAGCUUCAAACGCUGUUCGUCGGUGACGGAGAGGCGAACAACGACGGGAAACCCGGGGGGAAAAGUAUUGUUGCACUGAUGCACGAGAAAAGUGAACUGGAGGAGUUAUACAACGUGACGAAGGAACAAAAUGAUGUUCUGUUGAACCAAAACCAUCUGAUGAAAUGCCAUGUCGAGCAGUGUGAACAAGCAAUGGAACUUCUGCGUUCUCAAAUUGCAGCCGCGGAGCAGCAAGAAGCCGCAGCUAACGAAGCACUGAGGCACAAUAAAACUCUAGAACAACUGCUGAAUGAGGCAAAGAUUCAGCUCGAGGAGCUCCUCGAAGAAAGGGAUAACUUGCGGGCCUGUAAGGAUCACCACCAGCAGGAGCUGAGUACGCUUCGGGCAACGUGCUCGCAACUUGAGGAUCAGACUGCAACGCUGCAGCAACAGUUGAACGAGGAGCGCCAGAUAGCGCAGGAAGCUGAGGAAGCAUCGAAGUCCAGAGAAGCAGAAAAGCAAAUACAGUUUGAGGCCCUUGAGAAUCAGCUCACCGAGAUGCAGGAGAACUUCGUGCAACUGUCUCAGCAAAACGAGGAUGCGGAUCGGGAGACACAGAAGGCUCGAGAGAUCAUCGACUACUUGGAAGGAAAGACGAGUACCUUAGAACAAGAGAACGAACAAGUGAAGAACAGCCUUUCAGAACUCAACCAGAAAUAUCAAGAACUGGUAAUUGAAAAAGAAAAACUCGCUGUGUCGGCAAAUGUCGUCAAAAGUCAGCUUGACAAAAUCCGAGAGCAACAUGCGAGCGAGCUUGCACUUCAGAAAAGCAUGAUGGAUGACCGCUUUGAAGGAACCACGAAUCAGCUUCAACAGCAGGUGGAGCAACUGAGACAACGAAGCCAGGAUUUGGCAACAUCAAACUCAGAUCUAACCCUGCGGACUGAAGCAGCAGAGCGUCGAUGUAAAAUUUCUGACGCUGCAGCGGCUCAGGCACAACAGGAACUUCGCUCCGCUUCCAAGUCUCAUCACGCUCUUGUUCAUCAGCUUCAACAGACGAAGAUGUCCCUCGAAAAGGAAAGAGAUAAGCUUCGUGAGGAAGUAGACACUUUGAGAGCGACGACUACAGAGACUGUAUCGGCAGCGAUGAAUGAAAAACAACGUGUAGAAAAGGAACUCGUCCAGGUGCGCUUCGCUCUGGCAUCCGAAGAACAGGUGAAACGCCAUACACAGUCAUCUCUGGAUGCUCUGAAGCAACAAGUUGUGGAACUAAACGGCAGGAACGCAUCCAUCGAGAGCGAGCUUCUAGGCAUUCGCCGGAAACAUGAUAAAGAGAUGGACGAAGUAAAACGUCAGUACUCUGAACAGUUAUCUCUCGCAGAAGGCAAGCUUCGCACCCUUUCUCAAGAAAGCCACGCCAAAGAACAACAAGCCGUACAGCUCAUGAAAGAAGAAGCAGAGCUACGGCAAAAAAUGAAACGAGAGUACGAUAGCGACCGCAACACGCUAGAGUCGAAGAUUUCCAAGUUACGUGCCGCGAAUUCACUACUUCGCUCGAAAAUGCUAGAACUCGUCCAGUCCCUGGAGCAACCGCCUGGCAAAGACUCUGUCCUCGGAUCAACAUCCUCAUUCGACCUUGGCACUGUACGGUCAUCAUGCACUAGAGAAAGUUUACCCUAG